GCCAAAAACAUGAGGAGGGGAAUGGAAUUUAUUGCUCCUCUAUCAGCUCCCACCAAAUCUGGCCCAUGGCAUUUUCUUUCUCAAGGUCACGAUGCCCAGAGAACAGUUAGAAUCAGGCCAGGCACCGGGAUGGGCUUGUCCUCAGAUCCAGUCGGCUCCUUGUCUUCCAAUUACCUAGCUCUGCUAACUCUCUCUUACAAGCCUGGGAGGAGAGUGACUAGUUCCCACCUAAACAUAAGGCCUGAAGGGCAAGAAGUAAGAAAGCUCCAGAAUUCUGUGGAGGCCACAAGGAUUUCCAGAACUGGCAGCAGUUAA